AUGACUGGACGUCCUGACCACCAGCGGUCGAGUUCUUACAACGGAGACUAUCGUCCAAGCCAACCCAGUGGCCUCCGUCAGUCUCACCGCGUGCCUAGCAUUAGCAACCAACUUUCCGAGGGUGCUGCGUCUGCCCAGGCUAGCGAGUCGACUCCGUUGAUCCAGGGCCAGAUCAUUGAACCUUCCCACCGUCGACCAAGCAUCCACCCUGCCCACGAAGGACUCUGCACUCACGGAACCUUCAGCCCAAGGGCUGAGAGUCCAACCGAGGCCUUCUUCGGAAAUUGGGAUGAUGAGGGACCGACAUCCGACCCCAAUAACAAAAACUCGGAUUCAGACUCGUCUCUGCCCAAUUUCACCCCAUCCGACGAUUGGCACAGAUGGCUGAGGAGGCGGAUCAAGACGAGGAAGAUGGGCCAGAGUAGUGAGCUGGCUCAGCAAGCUGGGAUUCGAGAUACCCCUCUCAUGUAUCUGUCCUACUAUGUCCCUUUCUUAACAUGGAUUCAGCAAUACAACUGGUCGUUUUUGAAAGGCGACCUCGUCUCCGCAUUGACCAUGGCGUCUUUCUAUUUGCCCAUGGCACUCUCCUACGCCUCCAACCUAGCUCAUGUUCCUCCCAUCCACGGUCUCUACGCCUUCGUGUUCAAUCCCUUCAUAUACGCCGUCUUCGGUUCCUGUCCACAGAUGGUUGUUGGGCCUGAAGCCGCCGGGUCACUGCUAGUAGGCGCCGCAGUAAAGCAGAAUCUUUCAGAUGGUGGGGAGGACGAUGACGUCCUUCACGCCCAGAUUUGCGGCGUAAUCACCGGACUGGCAGGCGCCAUGGUCCUGAUUGCUGGGCUGGUGAGGCUUGGCUUUUUGGAUAGUGUGCUUAGCCGUCCCUUUCUCCGCGGCUUCAUCAGCGCCAUCGGUUUUGUCAUCGCUGUAGACCAACUCAUUCCUGAGCUUGGACUCUCCGACCUCACUGCCGGGACAGGUGUUAGCCACGGGAGCAGUGUGGACAAAAUCAGAUUCAUUGUCGGCCAUGUAGACAAGACUCAUAUGCCUACAUUUGCUGUGGCCGCCACAAGCUUCAUCAUCAUCAUGGUCUGCCGCGAAGGCAAGAAGUAUCUUCAGCCCCGUUAUCCUUCUGUCGUGUUCUUCCCUGACCGGUUUAUCGUUGUCGUUGUGUCUGCGGUGCUCUGUUGGAGAUAUCAAUGGCAUGAUCAUGGGGUUGAAAUUCUCGGUGAAAUCAAGACUGCCAGCGGAGGCUUGUUUGCUUUCCAGUGGCCAUUCCAGCCAGCGCUAAUGGGCCAUAUUCGCGCAGGAAUGACCAACUCUUUUCUCAUUGCUCUCCUCGGCUUCUUCGAAUCUUCCGUGGCUGCCAAGAGCUUGGGUGGAAGCAAAACUAUUCAAGGCAUGCAGCUCAGUGCGAAUCGUGAACUGAUUGCUCUCGGAGUUGCCAACUUUGUGGGCGGAUGCUUUUCCAGCAUUCCGGCAUUUGGAGGUUACGGCAGGAGCAAGGUGAACCAACAGACUGGCGGCAAGAGCCCGAUGAGCUCCGUGUUCCUCAGUAUCAUCACGCUUUUAUGCAUCUUGUUCUUGCUACCUUACUUCUAUUAUCUUCCUAAACCUGUCCUUUCUGCUAUGAUUUCGGUUGUGGCAUUCUCUCUCGUAGAAGAAGCGCCACACGAUAUUGCCUUCUUCGUCCGCAUUCGUGGGUGGGCAGAACUAGGGUUGAUGGCUAUGAUCUUCCUUGCCACAAUAUUCUAUUCGUUGACAUUCGGUAUGGCUCUCGGAGUCGGUGUGUCGCUUCUCAUGGUGAUCAGACACAGCACGCGUCCCAGGAUACAGAUCUUGGGCCGCAUUCCCGGGACCCAUCGCUUUGAAAACGCCGAGUCGGCAAACGCAAACGUGGAGUUUGUCGAAGGCUCCCUGAUUGUCAAGAUCCCCGAGCCACUGACGUUUGCCAAUACUGGCGAACUGAAGGCACGAUUACGGAGGCUGGAGAUGUAUGGGACUUCUUCGGCGCACCCAGCCCUCCCCGCCUUACGCAACACGGACGCAAACAGGAACAUCAUCUUUGACAUCCAUGGUGUGACGUCGAUCGACGGCUCUGGGACUCAGGUUCUAACCGAGAUCGUCUCCGACUACAGGGCACGAGGCGUGCGAGUAUUCUUCUCGAGAGGGCCAGCACCUGGAGGGAACAGCCCGGUGUGGAGGCUAAUGGAAAACAGCGGGAUUGUCGAGAUGUGUGGCGGCCCGAGCCACUUUGUCAACGACGUGGAGGAGGCCCUGAGGCGGACAGAGUAUGAAGAGAGCAUCUUAACGACUGAGUAG